GCCUUGAACUGCCACAGAAUGAAGCCUGCUCUUUUCAGCGUGCUGUGUGAGAUCAAGGAAAAAACAGUGUUAAGUAUUCGCGGUAUUCAGGAAGAAGAUCCCCCAGAUGCUCAGCUAAUGAGACUAGAUAACAUGUUGCUGGCAGAGGGUGUCUCCGGGCCCGAGAAAAGAGGAAGAGGAGGACCGAUGGCUGUAGCAGCAACAUCAGGUGGCUGUCCAAAUGACAAUAGCAUUGAACACUCUGACUACAGGGCCAAGCUGUCACAGAUCCGACAGAUAUACCACUCUGAGCUAGAGAAAUAUGAACAGGCCUGCAGUGAGUUCACCACCCACGUUAUGAACCUGCUUAGGGAACAGAGUAGAACAAGACCAAUUUCACCAAAAGAAAUAGAGCGCAUGGUGAACAUAAUCCACGGCAAAUUCAGCACCAUCCAGAUGCAACUGAAGCAGAGCACGUGUGAGGCAGUAAUGAUCCUGCGUUCACGCUUUCUUGACGCAAGGCGUAAACGACGUAACUUCAGCAAACAGGCAACGGAAGUACUGAAUGAAUAUUUUUAUUCGCAUCUGAGUAAUCCUUACCCCAGUGAAGAGGCCAAAGAAGAGCUAGCAAAGAAAGGUGGCAUCACAGUUUCACAGGUUUCCAACUGGUUUGGUAACAAAAGAAUUCGAUACAAAAAAAACAUGGGGAAGUUCCAGGAAGAAGCUAAUAUUUAUGCUGCAAAAACAGCAGUGGAUGCAACUAAUGUCGUGGCUCAAGGCAACCAGGCAAAUUCUCCAUCUACACCAAAUUCAGCUUCCUCUGGCUCUUUUAAGAUGACAAAUUCUGGAGAUUCGUUUAUAAACUUGCAGUCAUUGACUUCCUACCAGAGCUCCCCAGUGGGAGGCAAUGUGCAGUCACAGAUGGAUUCCUUGCAUCAUGUCAUACACCAGACAGGAAGAUAUGACACAAUUGUGGGGAAUCCUUUGUAUACGACGCAGCGCAUAGAUGCUAAUGGCAGCUGGCAGGAUGCUACCACCCCUUCAUCAAUCACUUCACCUGCUGGAGACCCUGGAAGUGUUAAUUCGGAUGCGUCUAAUUAA